AUGCUGCUGGAGGACUUGGGGGAUCAGGUCAGGUCCUUGGGACUCAGGCUGUUCCCUUGGUCAAUGGAGGAUAAUUUCCAAGGCCUACACCCAACCAAGAAAGGUGUGCCAGGAUCUAGGAUGUUAUUCCACGAGGACAAGUCAUGUGCACCAGAUCAUGAGCAUGGCCAAUCCAGUCUUGGGCUCUUCAUCAAACCCCUCACACAGCAGGGAAGAAAGACAAGACCCGAGUUCCCUCCAUAUCUUGCCUCUGGAGGUGGUACCAGCGGUGGUCUGAGGUCAGGGAGUGCUGGUCCUCCUACUGCUGAUCCAUUCCUGGGCCUCCAGUGA